AUGUUGGCUCGUAAACUCGUGUUAUGGCAGUCUUCCGGAAUCAGCAAAGUAAAGGAGGAUGCUGAACGUGGACUCGUCGCCGGAAAGUGUUACUGGAGGACGAAUGCCGAUGGAAAUCUGUGUGACCGGUGCAAGAAUACAUUGGAUUGUGUACUUGUGAUAGACUCGUCAAUGGAGAAAACUGUGAUCAAUGUCUGCCAGAACUCUACCAAUUAUCUGUACAUAUGCGAGACGUCUGACUCAUCAUUCUACUAUGCCAACAUCUCCCACUACGUCUGUGAAGCUCAGUAUGACAACCUCACUAGUAGAAAAGUCGAAACUCGUGAAUCGCCAACCCAAAAUCAUGAACAAACGUGA